AUGGAAAAAGUAAUUUGCUUAUGGUCUUUAAAUCAAAAAGUGAUCAUAUCUUUUGAGCACACUCUCCUUGUAUAUGGGAAAUAUGUGGGAGAUCAUACAUUAUCAUCUUUCAUAUUUUCAUAAACCCAUAUUUAACCUUAGAAGUAUGAUGCUAAAUAAUAUGCUAUUUAUUUUAAUUCAAAUUAUGGUCCUUCAUUUGGCAAUGAAUAUGAUAUUAAAAUAGGAAGUGACUUUACAAAAGGUUAUUCCAAAUUAGAUAUCUCAUAUUCAUUUUCUAAUUUUAAAUAUGGCCAUUAUGAUCUAGAUUUAUUUGGAUAAAUUAAACCAGAAAUAAAAGAAUGCCAAAUAUAUGAAUCGUAAUUAAGUUGA